CUUGACCCCAUGUGUUCCCAUGACCCGUAAUGUUUACAUGACGCAAUCAAGGGUCCAGACAGAAGAGUGGCCAGUUGGGUCGCUUUCGUAUAAGCCAGUAUUGCUGCAAGCGAGUUUAUGUACUGCGUACACUCAUUUAUUUGCAAGUCCGUCCUAUCUCCAUUGCUAGCAGGAUAGUUCGACAAUAUUCGAUAGACGAGGCUUGGUGAAGAAUUGGGCUGGUUUUGGAGUGGGAUCUUGAAGUGCACAGAUCACCAAACGUCAGUAGAAGGCACAUUUAUAGGUCAUCAUGGAAAACCAGUUACCGAAAGUGGUGCCGCUGAACGUCGGAGGUCGUCAUUUCUCCACGUUCCUGUCCACCCUACUGAGGCACGAGGACUCCAUGCUGGCCGCCAUGUUCAGUGGGCGGCACCAGGUAGAGAGGGACAAGGAUGGCUGUUACUUCAUCGACAGGGAUGGACGUGCCUUCGCGCACAUUCUGGAGUUCCUGCGACACGCUAAGCUGCCACCACCUAACUAUGCCCGGGAGGUGUACAUAGAAGCGCAGUACUUCGGUCUUCAGGUUCUUGCAGACAAACUUGCUCAAUUCAAAGAUGUCCGCGAGGAGAUAGCCUUCAAGGAGCAACUCUUCAAGUCUCAAGACAUCGAGAUGCUAGCAGAGAGAGUUCUCAAGGCUUUACCUGCGGUCAUUACUGGUACUACAAAAGUAGCACUACUGAUGGACGGCGGUUGGAAGGCCAGAAGUAAAAUCGAUGACGUAGUACCCGACAUCGUUCCCGCAAGAUUUCUCGAGAACGAGUCUUGGCAGACACACGAGUGCCUGCAAGGUGACAACAAGGACUAUAUCGAGCCUCUAUGCUCCGCCGACCUACGUGUAAGAGUGGCGUUGGUGCAGCAGUACUUGCAGAAGAGAGGGUACACGGUCAGUACAGAGCUGGAGACUUGCAGGUUUUCUUUAGAGCAGGGCAAGAAGUCCGUCUGGUCCGAUCUCAUGACUUUGGACUUGUACUGCGGCGUAUACGGGGUCAUAUUCACAAUUGGUUGAACGGAGACAAACGACGUUACAUUAACGUUCUACUCACUGGAUUUAAACAUGUGUCCAUUGGAUUACUAGCAAAGUAUUCGUUACCAAACGCUUAACUCCUGAUUUUUUUUAAGGUUAACGUUUAGUGUGUACUAUUUGAUAUUUUUCAUCGGGUGAGGGUUCGGACUUGCGCUUCAAAUACAUGUCGGUUUGUAUUAUGUGUUUCUUACACGUUUAUUAUGUUUUGUUAGAAAUUGAUAUCAAUUUGUGUUUGCUUAGUAAGUGCAUUUUGUUCAUAUGCAUGUUCUUGUAAAUAUGUUUAGUGGUGGCGAUGAUAUACGUUUAUCAACUUGAAAGCAUCACUACUAAAUGUUUUUAAAAACUAUAUUUAGGGUAUUUGGCUAGAUUUAAUGGUAUUUCUAGCAUUAAAAGAUCCAUGUGGAUACUAUGAUUCAUAAGACAUGCACAAAAAUUGUGUUGUUGUUUGUUGUAACCAGCCAUUCUAUUGUAACGAAACGUUACGAGUAUCAUUCUUGAUUUUAACCUCCUUGUUCUCAGGGAUAAAGCAGAUACGUUAACCCCGAUUUUUGGACUAUUCCGAAGCGCCUCCUAGUGAUAUUUGGUGGUACUACUGCAACUACUAACGACGGAGGUUUAAUAAACUUUUAUCGACA